CCCCGGAGCAGUAAAGAAAUAUCUCUUGGUCUGCACUGUGUAGGGCUGUGGAUGAGUGCAGCUGCUGAUACCCUGCUAUUCGCCAUGCGCCUCCUCGUUCUCAUGUGUCUGGUCAUCGCGGCCGCCAUGCAGAUGCAGGCUGCAUCAGGAGCGCCUCCCACGGCCGCCAAGCUUGCUCACUGCCUCAAAUCCUGCGGGGGCGCCAACAUCUCCUAUCCUUACGGCGUUGGGGCCGGCUGUUUCCGCCCCGGCUUCGAGCUCACUUGCGACCAUUCCACCAAACCCCCAAAGCUCCUCUUAUUGGGUGUUGCCACCAACACUAACACCACCACCACCAAGAUCGUGGAUCAAUAUAGAGAUGGGUAUGUUCAAGCCUAUGUUUCUUUCAACAUAGCCACCACACCGGGUGUGCUCGGCACCUACAACAGGACAUGGGAGUCCCCAGGGAGAAUCCUUAGCAUCGGGCCGGAUUAUUAUGCUUUGGUGGCUGUCGGUUGCGGAAUUGAGGUCUACUUGGUCGACCCUGAUACGGAAGAUAUGCUGGGCUAUUGCUUCAGCAUGUGUACUGACAUGGCGAUGAUGCACAAGGAAGCAGAGGGGAAAGCUUGCAGUGGCAUGGGCUGCUGCGUCGUCACCUUCCGGAGACCUGUCCGGGCUUUCAGAGUUUCCAUCACUCAGAGAGAAGCAACGCAGCCUUUCCAAGUUGCUAAUGCUAGUACUAUCAAGGUUUUCUUAUCAGAAGAGAGUACGACCUACCAUUACAAUUUUACAAUAGGAGAUCUCCUCUCCGAUGAGAUAAAUGAAACCACUGUUGCAUCUACUUCGGCGUACCUAUCAACCUUUAUCGCAGACCAACCAAACUGUACAAUAGCGCAGAAGGAUCCUGAGCGGUAUGCUUGUGGUGAUAACAAAUGUUUGGAUGCGGAUGACGAAAAUGGAGGCUACCGUUGUGCAUGCAUCAAAUAUACUAAUAGCAAUCCCUACCUCGACGGUGACUGCGACCAAGGUCGCACGGGGUUCCACCGUCCUAAUGGGGAAUGGGUCACAUGCUUCUGUUCAUGGUGA